CAUUACUAUCAUCCUUGCAGUUCAGAAUGACCGAAGAAGCAUGCCGGACACGGAGUCAGAAACGAGCGCUUGAACAGGACCCAGCGGAGGAUGAUGUGGAGAGCAAGAAAAUAAAAAUGGAGAGAGGAUUGUUGGCUUCAGAUUUAAACACGGAUGGAGAUAUGAGAGUGACACCUGAGCCAGGAGGAGGCCCAGCCCAAGUGUUGCUGAAGGGGACAGAGGUGACAGCCAUGGGCAGAGGUGAAGGGCCAGCAGGUGACGGGCCUGUGGACAUGCGCACCUCACACAGUGACAUGACGGCCGAGAGGAGAGCGCCCUCUCCUGACGUGAUCGUGCUGUCUGACAAUGAGCAGCCUGUGAGCCCGAGGGUGAAUGGGCUUCCGAAGGAGGCUUUGCAGGAGACCAGCACCGAGGCCCUCAUGAAAAGCAGUCCUGAAGAACGGGAAAGGAUGAUUAAGCAACUGAAAGAAGAGUUACGAUUAGAAGAAGCAAAACUUGUUUUAUUGAAAAAGUUGCGGCAGAGUCAGAUCCAAAAGGAAACCACCACCCAGAAGCCCGCAGGCUCCGCUGGGAGCACUGUGACCACCCCUCCCCCGCUUGUGCGGGGCACCCAGAACAUUCCUUCCGGCAAGCCAUCACUUCAGACCUCUUCGACUCGAAUGCCUGGCAGUGUCAUUCCGCCUCCCUUGGUCCGAGGCGGGCAGCAGGCAUCCUCGAAGCUGGGGCCGCAGGCGAGCUCGCAGGUCGUCAUGCCCCCGCUCGUCAGGGGGGCCCAGCAAAUCCACAACAUCAGACAACAUUCCAGCACGGGGCCACCGCCGCUCCUCCUGGCUCCCCGGGCAUCUGUGCCCAGUGUGCAAAUCCAAGGGCAGAGGAUCAUCCAGCAGGGCCUUAUCCGGGUCGCCAACGUCCCCAACACAAGUCUGCUCGUCAAUAUCCCACAGCCCUCCCCAGCCUCGCUGAAAGGGACGACAGCCACCUCUGCUCAGGCCAACUCCACCCCCACCAGCGUGUCCUCUGUGGUCACGUCUGCUGAUUCUCCAGCCAGCCGACAGGCAGCUGCCAAGCUCGCGCUGCGCAAACAGCUGGAGAAGACGCUGCUAGAAAUCCCCCCGCCCAAGCCCCCCGCCCCAGAGAUGAACUUCCUGCCCAGUGCUGCCAACAACGAAUUCAUCUACCUGGUUGGCCUGGAGGAGGUGGUACAGAACUUGCUGGAGACGCAAGCGGGCAGGAUGUCGGCGGCUGUCGUGCUGUCCCGUGAGCCCUACAUGUGUGCACAGUGCAAGACGGACUUCACGUGCCGCUGGCGGGAGGAGAAGGGCGGUGCCAUCAUGUGUGAGAACUGCAUGGCGUCCAACCAAAAGAAGGCACUCAAAGUGGAGCACACGAGCCGGCUGAAGGCUGCCUUCGUGAAGGCUCUGCAGCAGGAGCAAGAGAUCGAGCAGCGCCUCCUGCAGCAGGGCACGGCUCCUGUGCAGGCCAAGGCCGAGCCCACCAGCGCCACGCACCCUGCACUGAAGCAGGUCAUAAAACCGCGGCGUAAGUUGGCGUUCCGCUCAGGAGAGGCCCGCGACUGGAGUAACGGGGCCGUGCUACAGGCCUCCAGCCAGCUGUCCCGGGGCUCGGCCGCAACACCCCGAGGUGUCCUGCACACGUUCAGCCAGUCCCCCAAACUGCAGAAUGCAGCCUCAGCCACAGCCCUCGUCAGCAGGACCGGCAGACAUUCCGAGAGAGCCGUGAGCGCCGGCAAGGGCAAUGCCACCUCCAACUGGAAGAAGGCACCCCUGAGUACAGGCGGGGCCCUUGCGUUUGUCAGCCCCAGCUUGGCGGUGCACAAGACCUCCUCGGCCGUGGACCGCCAGCGGGAGUACCUCCUGGACAUGAUCCCGCCACGCUCCAUCCCCCAGUCGGCCACGUGGAAAUAGUGUGAGCCAGGCCCAGUGGAGAAUAGGCUCCCUCCUCCCUCCCACCUGGCCCUCCACCCUCCACUCGGGAAGACACCCUGCUCCCCGAGAGAGCGAGCAAGCGUCGGCCACACUGCGGAAGCAAGAGCUCCAUUCUUGGCUGCAGAGUCUCAUCGCUGCAAAGUCUCGUCGCAGCUGGGAGGCCGAUUCACAGGUGGACGAGGAGUAUCACUGGGGGACCUUUCCCAUGGGCUUUCCUCCUUUCCUUGCCUUUAGUUUGCCCAACACCAGCAGAAAAGCGGACUUCGGGAGUUGGAUCUGCUCCCACCCUCUCCUUCAGCUUCCACAAGGUGCGCAGGCAGCCUGGAUACUGUGACACACUCGGGCAAGACCGGCGCCCAGGGCUUCUGAAGUCGAGCGGAGCGUUCUGUUUUGUUUUUGCUUUUUCCCGUCUUAGCCUCCCAAUCUUUGACUGCCUACCUUCACGGCAAUCUCUAGGUUGACAGAUUUUUUUUUUUUUUUAAAUCACCUCACGAUGAUGGAGUUUAAAGUAAACCGUGCAGACCCAGAGGGUCCUGCCAAGCACAGCCCCCAUGCUCCGGAGGGUGGGCUGCUGACCAACCGACCAGCCCUCGCCCGCUCCAGCAGAAGGCUUGUGCUGCUGCUUUUCCCGGAGACCCCGGUCCUCCCACACUUAGCAGAAGAACAAACUGCAACUCAGACCCAGCCAGAGCACCCAGGAUCCUGGAAGCCACACCGCUGCCUACGGAGGAGGAGGGAGGAGAGAACCAGCAGCAGUGCCCGAGCCUGAGCGAAGGUGGAGGGGCAGGCUGUGGUGGUUUUUUUGUUGUUGUGGUUUAUUUUAUUAAAUUUUUUCCUUUUCUUUUCCUA